GAUGCAACUUCCUUUUGACUAUUUCGACUCUUCCCCUGGUCAUCUCCGCCGGCGCAGCUCAACGCGGGGAGCACGACCACGACCACCACCUCCCUCCCCACCUCCUCUUCUCGAGUCAAACCGCUCCUCCCCCCUUCCUUGUAACCUUCGCAAGGCGACUAGCAAGGACCUAGCCUUUCCGCGUUCUACUUCUUUCCCCCCCUUCGCCUUCCAGGCGCCAACAAAUCUCAAGGCAGGGGAGCCGGGGACGGCGAUCGUUUCGCAGUGCUUCCUGGGUUAUCGGUGCCAGCGGCCGGCGAUUUUGGCGUGGUUCGUUUCGGGCGACAGGUAGAGGCGUUUCUUGGCGGUUGGUGGGAUGGAUAGCCACGCCGCCGGGUCGAGCUCCGGCGGAUCCGGGGACGGCGGCGCCGCGCCCAGGAGGAACACGAGAAAGCCCAAGUACUCCAAGUUCACGCAGCAGGAGCUCCCAGCUUGCAAGCCAAUUCUUACUCCAAAAUGGGUUAUUUCAGUAUUUGUUCUUGUUGGCGUGAUUUUUGUCCCAAUUGGUGUUGCUUCGCUGCGAGCUUCACAACAGGUUGUCGAGAUUGUUGAUCGGUAUGAUGAUGCAUGUGUCCCUGCUAAUGUGACUGACAAGCUUGCUUACAUCCGCAACAAAGCUAUACCAAAAACCUGCACAAGGAACCUGACGAUUACAAAGGAUAUGAAGCAGCCAAUUUUUGUGUACUAUCAGCUGGAUAACUUUUACCAGAAUCAUAGGAGGUAUGUCAAGAGUCGUAAUGAUGCACAGCUAAGAGACAGAAGUAAGGCGAGUGACACUAGCAAUUGUGAUCCUGAGGCCACAGUAGAUGGAAAGCCAAUCGUCCCUUGUGGUCUUAUUGCAUGGAGCCUGUUCAAUGAUACAUAUAACCUCAUCCGUAACAAUGAAAACUUGACAGUGGACAAGAAAGACAUCUCUUGGAAGAGUGACAGAGAGCACAAAUUUGGGAGUGAUGUCUUCCCAUCAAACUUUCAGAAAGGACCUCUUCAAGGUGGAAAAAUACUUAAUCCAAAUUUAUCGUUAAGUAAGCAAGAGGACCUUAUUGUUUGGAUGCGAACUGCAGCACUUCCUACAUUCAGGAAGCUGUAUGGUAGGAUCUAUGUUGAUCUCAAAGUAAACGACACCAUUACAGUCCAUUUGGAGAACAAUUACAACACCUAUAGCUUUGGUGGCAAGAAGAAGUUGGUGCUUUCUACCACAACCUGGCUUGGUGGAAAGAACGAUUUUCUUGGUCUUGCAUAUCUCACUGUUGGUGGGCUCUGCUUCUUCUUGGCAUUUGCAUUCACCUUGCUCUACUUAAUUAAACCAAGGAAAUUGGGAGAUAACAAUUACUUGUCAUGGAACAGGCCCCCUGUAGGCCGCUGAUACUCUUUGGAAGUUAAUGUUAUACAAGCAGAAUCAAAUAAUUCAGCUUAUGAUUCAAAUGUAUCGUGUACUACAUAGAAAUUUUAUUUGUGAGAAUUGGAGUAGAAUACAUACAAGGUAGGCUGUGUACGAGCGAUAGCUUUGGAUCAACCCGUGCACAGAUUGUACAUUACAUUGACACAAAACACCUUUCUGUUCUCCAAAUUGUAUACUUAGAAGUCAGAAGUGAAUGCCGGUUUUGAUAUUUGGAA